AUGCAAGAAACAACGAAACCUUCAGUUUAUAAAACUUCAAAAAUAUAUUAUAAAUCGCUAAAAGAAUCAACUUCAAACAAACUUUCAAAUAUUCGUAAAAGAUUAUCAACUAUAUCUAGUCUUGAUUCUGGUGUUAGUUGGUUAGACGAAUCUGAUAGUGAAGAAUUUCCUAAUCCUACUCAUAAUAAUAAAUUUCAAAAUGGCAUUAACAACUCAAAUAACAACACGACUAAUUGCAAUAACGUUGAAGUUGAAACCUCAUCAAUUUGCGAUAAACAAAAUGGUAUUAGCAAAAAUUUUUCUGAUGUCACUCCUUUAAAACCAACGGAUUGUGUCACAUCAAAAUUUAUCGAAAUAAUAGAAAUUACACCUGAUAGCGAUAAACUCACAGAAAAUGCCGCAUCAAGAUUAAAACGUUCUUUUGCACCUUUGCGUCUAACACAAGCUAGUCGUCGAGCUAAAAAUAUUCCAAUUAAAAAAUUUAACACAUUAAACACCUAUGCAUCAAGCAAUGACCCUUCCACGGGCACGCAUGCUCAAAUAACAAAUAGUUCUUGUAGAGAUCCCGAGAAGUACUCUUCUGGUGACAUAAAAGCACAUCAAACCACUUCGACGAACUCAUCACUUGUCAUCCCUUCACAAAAUAAUAAAAGUUAUAAUUCGCAUUGUUCUGAAAUAGAAGGAGAUGAAAGAUCAAGAAACAUUGUUAAAACAAAAGAACAUAAAAAUCCGGUUGAAAAAGUUAAAUGGCGUAUUAAGAAAUUCUUUAUUAUCAAAAACAAUCGGAAUUUUAAGGCCGAUGCGGAAAGACCAAAUUCUUCGAAUAAUAAGUGGAAUUGA